GCUACUCAGUACCCAUAUGGAAUCACUGCACAUUCCUGUGGAAAAUUUGGUCACAAGUUGGACAAUUCAAGCUCCAAGUUUCCUUAUAAAGUGGGAUUUUCAAGAAUUAACUUGUACCAAAGAUCUGCUUCCAUCACCAAUUCCAAGAAAAAAAUGCAAGGGGAAGUAAAGAAACUCUAUGUUUGUCGACUUUUGUAGGUCUUCUACUUUUUUUAGUUGAUAAUCUUCUAUUAAUGCCACAGUAAAGGCUUCAAAUUUCAUUUCACCUUAGUUUUAUGAGCAAGAAAUGCAAUUAAAGACGGAUAUGAUAAUCCUUAGUCCUCCAAUCAUUUGUAUUAUGAACGGAUUUUUCCUUUACUUUUUGAGUUUCUGUAAUGUUUAUGCUUGUGACUUGUGAGCUUAUGCUCUUGUGAAUUACUGCCUCAUACCCCCAUAUGGAGGAUAUAAUUCAGAAUUGGUCCAAUGCCUGAUGUGUGCAUGUACGUAUUUAGUUUUAGCUGCGGCUUUCGGCGUCUUACUGCACUCUGCAACUAAGGCACUGAAGUUUCGAUUAUUUGCAAUGGGGAAAGUCAAACGUUGAUUAAUUCAACAUUUUCCUUAUGGGGUAACCUUAAAAACUACUGAUAAUCGUUCAAAUAAAGUUUUGACGUUCUUGUAUUCAAGUAAACUAUUCAUUAGUCAGUAGAGAAUUUUGAAUUCUUACCUUUAAUUUAGUCAUGGACUAGUUUAUUGGAAAUAUUCAGGAUGAUGUUGCAAAUAAAUGUAUUGGGAUACUUGAGAGAAAAUAUCCAGAUUAUUUAGAUUGUAGAAACUGACAAUGCCUGAAUGAAGUAGUAGUGCUAUUUGCUGUUUUAAUGGGCAGGUGCUUUUGAUUUUUUUUUCCCCUUUUUUUUCUGGUAGGGAUUUGUUGGUCGAAUAUAUUCUGUGCCUGAUCUUGAUGAUAUCUUCUGGGAGAAAGUCCCUACACCCAUACUUGAUGUGGUUGAAAACCCUAUCCACUUAAAGAAUUUGACCCAUAAGAUCUGUUUGUGCAGGAACUGAAACAAUUGGCUGAUGAAAUACGAGCAGAAUUGUCUUCUAUAAUGUCAAGGACUCAAAAAUCUAUCAAGGCCAGUUUAGCAGUUGUGGAACUGACAGUUGCCAUUCAUUAUGUUUUUCAUGCACCAGUGGACAAGAUACUAUGGGAUGUUGGGGAACAGACAUAUGCACAUAAAAUUCUCACAGGAAGACGGUCCCUUAUCCAUACACUGAGACAAAAGAAUGGUCUCUCUGGUUUUACAUCUCGGUCUGAGAGCGAAUAUGAUCCAUUUGGGGCUGGGCAUGGAUACAAUAGUAUUUCUGCUGGGCUUGGGAUGGCAGUUGCACGUGAUAUGAAAGGGAAACGGGAGCGUGUUGUUACAGUCAUCAGCAAUGGGACAACUAUGGCUGGUCAGGUCUAUGAAGCGAUGAGCAAUGCAGGCUAUCUGGACUCAAAUAUGAUAGUUAUCUUAAAUGAUAGCCAUCACUCUUUGCAUCCAAAGAUUGAAGAGCGCCCCAAGACUUCCAUCAAUGCAUUAUCUAGUACCCUAAGCAAGCUCCAGUCAAAUAAAUCAUUCCGGAAGCUUAGAGAAGUUGCAAAGGGUGUUACCAAAAGAAUCGGUAGGAGUAUGCAUGAAUUAGCAGCCAAAGUUGAUGAGUAUGCACGUGGUAUGAUGGGUCCUCUAGGAUCAACCCUUUUUGAAGAACUUGGUUUGUAUUACAUAGGCCCUGUUGAUGGACACAACAUUGAAGACCUGGUUUGUGUUCUACAAGAAGUGGCAUCUCUGAAUUCUAUGGGUCCUGUCUUGGUACAUGUAAUAACAGAAGAAAAUCGAGAACUAGAAGAUAAGCGAAAGAGUGGGGCAUUGGGGAACCUGCAGGAAGGUUCAUUUACAUCUAAUUCUUCUCUCUGUAAUAUUCAUACUCGGACAUAUAGUGAUUGCUUCGUUGAGACUUUGGUCAUGGAGGCAGAGAAGGACAAAGAAAUUGUGAUUGUUCAUGCAGGAAUGGAAAUGGAAAUGGCUUUUCAAGUAAUUCAGGAAAGAUUUCCUGACAGGUUUUUUGAAGUGGGAAUGGCUGAGCAGCAUGCAGUUACAUUUUCGGCUGGUUUAUCAUGUGGGGGGUUGAAGCCAUUUUGCAUAAUUCCUUCUGCCUUUCUACAGAGAGCAUAUGACCAGGUGAUCCAUGAUGUAGAUCAGCAGAGAAUUCCAGUUCGCUUUGUCAUUACAAGUGCAGGAUUGGUAGGGUCUGAUGGUCCAAUGCAGUGUGGGGCAUUUGAUAUAACAUUCAUGUCAUGCUUACCAAACAUGAUUGUUAUGGCACCAUCUGAUGAGGAUGAGCUUGUGGACAUGGUGGCUACUGCUGUUCACAUUGAUGAUCGUCCAGUCUGCUUCCGUUAUCCAAGGGGUGCCAUUAUUGGAACAGACCAUUAUAUGCGCAGUGGAAUUCCAAUUGAGGUUGGAAAAGGGAAAGUUAUUAUAGAGGGCAAAGAUGUUGCUUUGCUGGGGUAUGGCGCAACGGUUCAGAACUGCCUAAAAGCCCGGCACCUUCUCUCAAAGCUGGGCAUUGAGGUAACUGUUGCUGAUGCAAGAUUCUGCAAGCCACUCGACAUAAAGCUUCUCAGACAACUAUGUGAAGACCAUACAUUUCUUGUCACAGUUGAGGAAGGCUCUGUUGGAGGAUUUGGAUCCCAUGUUGCACAGUUCAUGGCACUUGAUGGACAGCUUGACGGUAGAGUUAAGUGGCGACCUAUUGUUUUACCAGACAGCUAUGUCGAACAUGCAUUGCCAAAGGAACAGCGUACUCUGGCAGGGCUGACUGGACACCACAUUGCUGCAACUGUACUAAGAUUACUUGGCCGCACCCGUGAAGCUCUCCUUUUAAUGUCUUAGAAAUCUAUAUUUUCCCUGCUAUAAGGCUUAAUGAUUGAAGCUGCCUCAGAGAACAAAGCCAAAAGAUAGAUGGAAGCUUAAGAUGUUGCUGAGCCUACAGUUCUACACUGAUUUUUGUACCCUCUAUAUAAUUCCUAGUAAUUAGUUUAUAUGUGAGGCACUGACAACAUUGGUGAUAUGCAUUUUCUCCCGUUCAUUAAUUCUUCCUUUCACUAUCAUUAACAAUAUUAGGCAAUUUCUUGCCAUUUAUCAAUAAGAUUUUGAUGAUGAACGUAAA